UCGUGCAUGCUUUCUUAAUGCAAGAUUUGCCCCCAGCUGCAUGCUGAAUUUGCAAUUUUUUUCAGUAAGGCACACAAAUGCAAUGACAUCUCUGUUACUAUCUGCCAUGAAUUUGCUGAUCAUGGCUAGCUGGUGCUGGCUACAAGCUUCCUGUGGCCGCCAAGUGGUCUUCGAUGUCACAGACUUCGGCGCUGUCACCGACGGCGAGACAGAUAAUUCCAAGGCGUUUGUGAGGGCGUGGACGGAGGCGUGCGCGGCGGCGGGGAGGCCGGCGGUGGUGGUGCCCAGCGGCGACUACCUGCUCCACCCGGUGGUGUUCCGGGGACCCUGCAGGGGGUACGUCGAGGUGCGGGUCGCCGGCGUCGUCCGCGCGCCGGCCGGCCUCGACGCGUUCCGGGGGUACCACGAGUGGAUCAACUUCGCCGGCAUCGACGGCCUGCUCGUCACCGGCAAUGGCACGUUCGACGGCCGCGGCGCCUCGUCGUGGCACCUCAACGACUGUCCAUGGAAGCCCGACUGUAUACCUCCGCCCUCGUCGAUUAAGCUGGCGCGAGUGAGGAACGCGACCAUAGACGGGGUGACGUCACUGGACAGCAAGUUCUUCCACGUCGUCGUCGCCGGCAGCCACGACGUCGAGAUCCGCCACGUCAGCAUCCGGGCGCCGGGGGACAGCCCCAACACGGACGGCGUCCACAUCCAGGGCUCCUCCAACGUCCGCGUCACCGACUCGGCCGUCGGCACCGGCGACGACUGCGUCUCCGUCGGGCCGGGCAGCGCCGACGUGACCGUGUCCGGCGUGUCGUGCGGACCCGGGCACGGCAUCAGCGUCGGGAGCCUCGGGAGGAGGCCCGGCGAGGCGGACGUGCGGCGGCUGCGGGUGUCCAACUGCACCAUCGCCGGCACGGCCAACGGCGUGCGGAUCAAGACGUGGCGCGGCGGGCCCCGGCCGGCGAGCUCCGCCGCCUCCGGCCUCGUCUUCGAGGACAUCGUCAUGAGGCGGGUCCGAAACCCGAUCAUCAUCGACCAGGAGUACUGCCCCUACAUCUCCUGCCACCAUCAAUCGGAGCGGCCGCCGUCGGUGGUGAAGAUAAGCGACGUGAAGUUCAGGAACAUCAGGGGGGUGUCGGCGACGCAGGUGGCGGUGAAGCUGUCGUGCAGCGCGGCGAGCCCGUGCCGGGGGCUGGAGCUCAGGGACAUCGACCUGAGAUACGUCAGGCGCGGGGUGGCCACCGUGUCGCGCUGCGCCAACGUCGCCGGAGGCGUCACCGGCGGCACGCUCGUGCCUCCCUCUUGCAUAUGAAAAUAUGUUUUUUCUUUUUUUCUUUUUCGAGAGAGAAUAGUCGGAUAAAUGACAUGGACGAAAUUAUGGUUCUUCUAGUUCUACACGACUGAUGACGAUAUUGAUCAUUUUGGAGGGAAACAUCUCAAUUACUCCCUCCAAUUUAAUAAACUGUAUCGAUUAUUUUAGAUAACAGCACGGUUUUCGAAUCCUAUCUUUCGAUUGUAUCCUGGUUCAAGAUGACAGAA